UUUUUAGCAAGCGUUCAUCACUAAUAACUACAACAACAAGCGUCGCUUUACAAGCAAACGGUUUUAAAAUGGAAGAGACGCACGAUUUUCAGUUUAUUUUACCAAUAAAAAACAAUGAUUUACUUAAUUCACGCGGCGAUCAGUACUAUGUACAACAGAUAUACACGCCCAGCGAAAUACCAGAGCAAUUACUGGCAUGUAAAAAUAAAGUGCAUCAGCGUGAUCCAUUCUAUAUAUUCGAGCACUUUGAUACAUACUACUCGAUAAUUGAAAACACUGCUAGCGAUGCCGCCGCCAUACGCAAUCUGAUGCGUGCCUUUGACUUAUUGUACCUUACCGUGGACAGAUUGGGCGGGCAGCUAAUGCCGCUGUUAACGAGCAACGAGCCGCCGUCAACGCAGGAUCGUGUGCGCUAUCUGAAUCUCACGAAAAUGACCCUAUACUUAUUUGUUAACGUAGUGAAGCGCAUUGACGUCGUUGUCCAACAGGUGAUGCGGGACCAGCAGUUGAACCAGCAGAAAAAGCGCGCCAAGCAAGGCGAGGUGCUGGAACAGUAUCCCGAUUGGGAUGUAAAGCGAGGCAAGUUUCUGGUGCAGCUUUAUAAUGUCCUGCAGUGUCCUCUAGAGAAGCUCUGGAAUCCCCCUGUAGCCGAGGAAAGCUUUGUAACCAUGUUGUGUGAUAUUUGUUACCGUACUUUGGAAUUGGUGCCGCCUCGGCUGGAUAACCGGCAUAUUAUUGACACGAUCUUUCAAAUCUUUGGCAUCGCCAUCAAACGGUAUAACCAUGCCAUAACCUUUCCGGCUAGGAUACUGCAAAUUCUCCGGAGUACUGAGCAUGCUGCAACGGCCGUAGCGAGUGGCAUUUUAUUGCUUCACGAAGAAUACGGCAUUUCCACAGUCUUCUCGAUACUGAUGAAGGAUGUUGUCGAGGCCCUCACCCUGGACACUUCGGAUACUGCGGUCUCGCGUAACUUUUCGAAUUUUCUUGCCGAGUUCUCGGGUAUUGCACCCAAGCUGAUGAUACCACAUCUUUCUAAGCUGGGCGACGAAAUGCUGGACUGCGAAUCACAUGUGCUGCGCAACUGUGUACUGCAGAUCAUGGGUGAUGCUGUUGUGGGUGAACUUACCUCUGAAGAACUCGACGAUGAUAUGAAGGAGGCGCGCAACGAGUUUCUCGACAAUCUGCUAUCCCAUGUUAACGACAUAUCCGCUCAUGUGCGCUCCAAGGUGUUGCAUAUUUGGCAUCAUUUGAAGGAGCAGCAUGCAAUUCCGCUGAGUUUUUUAAUCAAAGUGCUGCGCGAGGCCGUGUGCCGGCUAGAGGAUAAAAGUUCCUUGGUGCGUAAGUCGGCCAUACAGCUGAUAAAGGCUUUUCUCGAAAACAAUCCGUAUUCUGGAAAAUUAACACUUGAGGAGCUAAUUAAGAAGCACGAGAAGGAAGUUGAAGUUAUGGAACAGUUGGACGAAGUGUUGGCUGAAGAGCGCAAUCAGUUGAAAAAGCUCGACGAGCAAUGGGAAGCCAUAACGCCGGAGUUGUUGCCCAUUAUUGAGGAAAACUUGCGUAUGGCUCCAGAGCUACAGUUCGACAAGGAGGAAGAGUACGAGCAGCUGGUGCAAAAGAUAUUGCCGCUUCUUUUAGAAAAAAACUACAAGGAAGCCAUAGUACUGGUGCGAAAAGCAGACUAUGCAGCGGGCAAUCAGGAUAUAAGCCAACUGUUGAAGCCAGAGGAGCGUUGUGUUUAUAUUUUAGCGCUAUUUAAAACCUUUCUCUCCCUUGCCAAUGGCUGCAAGGACAGCAGCGAGGAAAUGCAGAAGCAAAUAAAAACUGUUGAGUUUCUCAAGGAUAGCAUCGAGUUCUCGCAUGUGGCGACCUCCGCCAUGCCAAAAAUACUCGAAAUGCUGUUGUCUAAGACGAACACAGACGUCUUCGAGGCAGUCGAUCUUUUCACUACAGGCUACCUCUUUGGUAUACACGGCACCCAGACAGGCAUGCAGCGCAUGUUGAAUCUGGUGUGGUCCUCAGAUAAGGAGAAGCGGGAUGCAGUAUCCAAUGCGUAUCGGAAGGUGCUCUUUACCACGGAUAAGACAGAACGCGCGCAUGCCAUUAAGGUUGUGCAAAAUCUAUCCAAGUUUCUCUCCGAGGUUGAGUACGGGCACUACACGGCCAUGGAAACGCUGAUGGGCGAAUGGGUGGCCACCGAAGAUAUUGAUGCGCUCAUCAUUCAGGUGCUAUUCGAACGAUUUACGCUCAAGCUGGAGGGCACCACAAAAGAUGAGGCCCGAUUGGCUCUGCAGCUGCUUAUUAUGGCUUCGCAGGCAAAAUCAACUAUAGCCUCAGCCAAUCGUGCCCUUAUCGAGGAUAUUGCGACGGGAGAGCGUGUGAGACAGGAUCCUCGCAUCUAUACCAGCUGCCUUCAACUCCUGGUCAACAGCAUCGAUGCGAACAACAACAGCAAAUACUAUAAACGUUGCGCCACCGAUGCCAAAUUCGUGCAGCAAAUUACGCGCCUGUUUCUGGACUUUUUCUUUCAUCCCCAACUGCCUGACUUUGAUGCGCUGGCCAUGAGCCUGUUCGAGUACUAUUAUCGCAUGUGCCAGGCGCCGGAUGAGCUGGCUCAGAAUAUUGUGAGCGAGCUGAUUGGGCGCUUCAAUGACCACUGGCUGGUAGUAGCAGAGCCUGAGGAGCCACCGCAAACGCAGACUACGGACAUUCCAUACUCACAGCCGCUGCCCAUGUCACAGACUCUAACACAGACCCAGACACAAACUAAAGCUGUUGAAAACCAACAGGCCCGCAUUCCCGUUUAUUUGGUUUCAAGGUUUGUGUUUUGCGUUGGUUACAUGACCAUCAAGGAGAUGAUAUUUCUGGACAUGGAUGUCUACAACAACAUGAAGUACCGUGAAGAGUUGACCGCCCUCGAAGAGAAGAAGAACAAAAAGGACGCUGUGAACGCAGUCCGCCGCCAGACCAUGAAUGUCUCGGCAAUGGAGGUGCGGAAGCGUUUGUCGGGCGUAGCCGCGGAGCCGCAGCAGGAGCCCGACGACGAUUUAGUGGGUGCAACAGCAGAGGAUAACAUUGCCGAGGAAAUCAAUGCCAUCUGUGAGGACAUGCUGUUGUAUGAGCCGAAUGCGCUCAUGUCCAAGAUCUACCCGAUUAUAAUUGAUAUAUGCAAGCGGCCUGGGGAGUAUCGGGAUCAGCAGCUGCAGCAGGCAGCUACCCUAACACUGGCGCGCCUGAUGACGGUCUCGUCCAAGUUCUGCGAGUCGAACAUGUCCUUCCUCAUGAAUAUCCUUAAUAUGACCAAAAAUUUGAAGAUCAAGUGUAACACUGUGGUGGGUCUCUCGGAUCUGACAUUCCGUUUCCCGAACAUAAUCGAGCCCUGGACAGGCCACUUUUACUCUCAGCUGCACGAGGAGGACACCGAGCUUCGCCUGACCGCCGUCAAGAUGCUUUCUCAUCUGAUCCUGCAUGAAAUGAUACGCGUCAAGGGACAGAUAGCCGAUCUUGCACUGUGCAUUGUCGACGAAAGCGAUGAGAUCAGGAAUAUUACACAACAGUUCUUCAAGGAGAUUGCCAACAAGUCGAAUAUACUGUACAACGUGCUGCCCGACAUUAUCUCUAAGUUAGGUGACAUUAAUCUUCACCUGGAGGAGGAUAAAUAUCGCACAAUUAUGCGCUAUAUACUGGGACUCAUUCAAAAGGAUCGCCAGAUCGAGACGCUGGUGGAGAAGCUAUGUCUGCGGUUUCCGGUCACUCGCGUGGAGCGUCAGUGGCGCGACAUUGCCUACUGUCUGGGCCUGCUGAGCUACAACGAAAGAUCGAUUAAGAAGCUAAUCGACAACGUGCAACAUUUCCGUGACAAGGUGCAGGUGGAUGAGGUCUACCAGUCCUUCAAGCUCAUUAUCAGCAAUACUUCAAAGCUGGCCAAACCGGAGCUCAAAGCCGUAGUUACGGAGUUUGAGACGCGCCUUAACGAAUGCCUGCAGGUCGUCGAACCAGGCACGAGUUCCCAAUCCGAAAAAGGUCCCAACGAAACGCGUGCCAACAAGACCAGGACCGCGAAGCCAACUACCAAACAACGCGGACGUGGAACACGCGCGGCAGGCAGCAACAGGCGUGGACGAAAUGCGCGGCAGGAGAGCAGCUCCGAGCAGGACAGCUCCGAGGAUGAUGGCUCCGACAGUGAUGAGGCGCCCCCUGCGCCUCGCCAGCAAGCGCAGAAAAAACAACAACAGCGUGGCAAGAACACAGCUCCCUCGUCUGGCUCCAGUGAAGAGUCCGAGCAGGAAAUAAGCCAGCGCAACAGCAAUCAAAGCUCUCGGCGAGCGCGUAAAUGAUAUCAUCUGCAAGUUGUGCAAACUUUUUAUACUUAUAUUAUAUUUUUAGA